UAUAGGUAGGAAUUAUCUUCCUUUACAAUCAUUAAUAGAUUUGACUUCAUAUUUCAAUAUUACAAUUAUAGAAGAUAAUGAUAAUUCUUUUAAUCCUACUAUACCAAUUAUGUUUAUUCCUUUUAAUAAUGAUGAGAUUGAAUGUUGCUAUUGCAGAGGGCCUUAUUCUACAACGCCUUUAUUUGGACAAAAUUAUUGUAAGGAUUGUUUAUUUUUAUAUAUCAAGCAUACAAUUAUUAAUAAUUUGGAUGUAUAUAUAUGUUCAGGCUAUUCUGCAUGUAAAAAGCAUGAACUAAGAAGAUUAUAUUUUUGUACACAAAAUAUUCAGGAAUGGUGCAAUAGCUGUUCUAAAGUUUUAUUCUUUAAGCAAAUAGUUACAAAUAAUAGACUGGAAUAUAUUAAUUGUUAUAACAAAGAGUAUAUAGAAAACAUUAAAAAUUGUAAAUUAUGUGACAAAAUGAUUUACAAACAGAUAUCUAUAAAUAAGAUUGAAUUUAGAUUAUGUUUAGAUUGUUACAAAAUUUCUUCUGGAUGGGUAGAAUCAACUUUGACUAAAAAAAUCAUUCCAAUCCUUUACUUACCUUGGUGGGAUGCUUAUAAUCAAUGUAUAGCUUGUGAUCAACUUCUAAAAUUUAAAUCUAACUGUCAAAAAUUAUGCUUAAAUUGUAAGAUUAUUUAUACUGGAUGUAGAUUCUGUUUGACAACAAAUAUUAUAUUUGGAAUUACGGGUCAAUCUCAGUGUAAAAAAUGUAAAAGAAUGAUAUUUAUUAUCAAUAAUAUUACCAAUAUUGAAGAAAAUGUUAUUUCUACAAAAGUCAAUAUAUAUAAAUAUAACCAAAUAGCCAAUUAUACAAUUGAUAUGAAUUCUGAUCCAUUAGAAGUAUAUGAUCUUAUAAGUAGGUUUUAUCUUCCUUUAAAACCACUAACAGAUUUGAUUUCGUAUUUCAAAAUUGCAAUUAUGGAAGAUAAUGAAGAUUCUUUUAGCUCUAUUGUACCAAUUAUGUUUAUUCCUUUUAAUAAUGAUGAGAAUGAAUGUUAUUAUUGUAAAAAGCCUUAUUCUACAACACUCUUAUUUAAACAAAAAUAUUGCAAGCAUUGCUUGACAUUAUAUAUUAAAUGUACAGCUAACAACAAUUUAGAUGUACAUAUAAUUACAAUAGAUUCUCAAUGUAGAAAUAGACAUAAACCAAGAAGCUUAGAUUUUUGCGUACAGAAUCUUUGGGAGUGGUGUAAUAGUUGCUCUGAAAUUUUAUGCUUUAGACAAAUAGUCACAAAUAAUAGAUUUUAUAGAGUGAAUAAUACUGAUAAUUACAGACAACAAAAAUUGAUUGAAAAUGGAAAAGACUGUAAAAUAUGUGGCAAAAUAAUUUACAAACAGAUAUCAAUAAAUAUUGUUGAAUUCAAGUUGUGUUUAGAUUGUUAUAAAAUUUCUUCUGGAUGGGUAGAAUCAACUUUAACUAAAGAAGUUAUUCCAAUUCUUUACUUACCUUGGUGGGAUGCUUAUGGUCAAUGUAUAACUUGUGAUCAUGUUCUAGAAUUUAAAUCCAAUUGUCAAAAAUUGUGUUCAAAUUGCAAGAUUAUUUAUAUUGGAUGUAAUUAUUGUUUGACAACAAAUAUCAUAUUUGGAAUUACAGACCAAUCUCAAUGUAAAAGAUGUAAAAGAAUAGAAGAAAUAUCUUUUAUCACUAUUAAUACUAAGGAUAAUAUUGACACUUGCAGAGACAUUAAUGAUGUUAUAUAUUAUAUACAAAAUACAGUAGCACUUUACAAGUUUAAUUGUAAGAUUGCUAAUUAUAUGGAUACUAUUAAUGAAAAUAUGAAUUUAUUCGAUUUACAUGAAUAUAUUAGAAAAAUAUUUCUUAGUUCUAGAACAAACCAGCUAUUAAUAAAUGAAAUUCCACAUUCUCAAAUUAAAAAUUUUAAGUAUGUUGCAAAAGGAGGAUUUGGUAUUAUUUAUAAGGCGACUUGGUUAGGUCAAGAUGUUGCUGUAAAAAGAUUUUUGAAUUCGCAAUAUAUUAGUAAAAUCACUUUUCCAAUGUUGUAAUUUAGAAUAUAUUGUUGAAGUUUAUGGUAUUUCGCAAGAUAUUAAAACAAAAGAUUAUAUGUUAGUAAUGAAGUAUGCAAUUGGUGGAAAUUUACAUAA